AUGGUUCACGCGAAGGAUGAGGGCUUCAAGAACGUGUACCACAAGGAGGAGUACAGCCACAGCCAGGACUUCUACGACGACACGACCGACAAGAAAUACCACAGCAACUUCGACGACUUCGAUAGAUACUUCGAGCUCACAGAGGCCCAACGCUACAAAGCAGAGGCCCACUACAAGGGCGGACACAACCAGGACGCGUAUGGCCACAGGGGACACCUGCAGAAGGCCCAACACCACGACGACCACGCAGACUAUGAUGACCACUACGGCGAUAAGGCUCUUUCUGGCCAUAAGAGUUUGCACGGGCACCGCGGAGGCCACCAGGCUCAUCAUGGACACGGUGGGCAUGCAGGAGGAUUCGGUCAUAGUGGACACGUAGGCAAAUUCAUCCACGGUGGACACGGCGCUGGAUAUGGCCAUGCAGGACACGGUGGAGUUUCGGCAGAUCGGGUCACGCAGGCUUCGGCCACGCAGGGUAUUGAGGUCUACGGUAUCCACGCGCUCACACGACGGAACCCGGAUGAGAGCUUGUGCGGAUGCUAUGGAUAUGGAUUCGUUACGGCGGAUACUUGA